AUGCGCGCAAUUUCAGCACCUGCACCCAGACACCGCGUCGUUUCCGCGCGUUUUCGCUUACCCUCCCAGAAAUUGCGGCUUUUUCCCGGGCUGUUCAUUGCUGUUCAUUGGGCAACUGCGAUGGGCCCUAAUAUAAGUAUAGCAAGGCAGCGGCGGCUGAUCCCAGAUGAGAGGAAAGGGGAGGUUGAAGAACAAGAAGGCUACGGAACAAGAAGGCUGCAAAACGUGCUUUUAACUCACACACACACAAGACUUUCCACCCUCAUGGACGACUCUGAACAAGAAUCCAUCAACUCCUACAACUCGCGAGAUUCGAUGGGCCAAGUGCCCCACACGUACGUGCCGUCCACGACGACGACGACCUCGGCCGCGAGGGCGGGCGCUCCGCGCGGCCGCGCCGGCUCCGAGACCGGAUCCGAAACCUCGUCAGCUGCGCGCCUGCGUCUGGUCCCCACGGAAACCGUGCGCUCCCUGCAGGAACUGGGCGUGUCGCCCGUGGCGCCGAUCCCAGACGUGAACGCGCCUACGACCGUGGGCACGGGCAAAGCGAUUUUCCCCGAGGAAUACACCAUGGAAACCGCCACGGGUCUGGUCCCCGUGGCAACGCUGCAGUCGCUGGGACGCACCCAGUCCGGGACGUUGGCGGCUACGCGCAGCCGUACCAGACGACAGUCGUUUGCCGCCGCCGCGGCGGCGGCAACGGACUCAGCCGAGUCCGGCUCCGGCUCCGACGAACGCAAGCCCUCUGGCGGCGAUGCCGAUGCCGAUGCCGACGGACCCGACGGACUCGACGCGGCGUUGCCCACGUCCAUGCCCGAGUACGACCCAGAUAUCGAGUUUGUCACGUUUGUGACCAACGACCCGGAAAACCCACACAACUGGCCGCUAUGGCUGCGUUGGUCCUACACCAUUGUGAUGUCUGUGCUGGUGAUCUCCGUCGCGUACGGGUCGGCGUGCAUCACAGGCGGUCUGGGCACCGUCAGCGACAAAUACCACGUCUCGCUCGAGGUGUCGAUUCUGACCUGUUCGCUCAUGGUGAUCGGGUUCUCGCUGGGUCCGUUGAUCUGGUCCCCCGUCUCAGACCUGUACGGCCGCCGUGUCGCCUACUUCACGUCCCUGGGCCUGUAUGUCAUCUUCAACAUCCCCUGUGCGCUCGCGCCCAAUAUCGGGUGUUUGCUGGCGUGCCGUUUUCUGUGUGGUGUGUGGGCGUCGUCCGGCCUGUGCCUGGUGGGCGGCUCUAUCGCGGACAUGUUUCCGCCCGAGACACGUGGCCGCGCUAUUGCAUUUUUCGCGUACGCGCCCUACUGCGGGCCAGUGUUCGGCCCGCUGGUCAACGGGUUUAUCUCGGUCUCGACCGAACGCAUGGAUCUGAUCUUCUGGGUCAACAUGGCGUUUGCCGGAGUUAUGUGGCUGAUCGUGGCGCUUAUUCCCGAGACGUACGCGCCUGUGAUUUUGAAGUGGCGUGCCGCGCGCCUGCGUCGCGAAACGGGGAACCCCAAGAUCAUGACCGAACAGGAGGCCCAGGGCCUCAGUGUUCGCGAAAUGGUGAGUGCGUGUCUGUUGCGUCCGUUGUACUUGGCCGCUACGGAGCCGGUUUUGGAUCUGAUGUGUUUUUACGUGUGUCUGAUCUACUCGCUGCUUUACGCGUUUUUUUUCGCGUACCCGGUCAUUUUCGGCGAAUUGUACGGCUACAAAGACAAUAUCAUCGGGCUAAUGUUCAUCCCGAUUCUGAUAGGCGCGUCUGUGGCCCUGGCUACCACCACUUUCUGUGAAAACCAGUAUCUCAAGAUUACUAAGCACCGGAACCCGACUCCGGAGGACCGGUUGCUAGGCGCGAUGAUCGGCGCGCCCUUUGCCGCGAUCGCGCUGUGGAUUCUGGGCGCCACCUCGUACAAGCACAUCAUCUGGGUGGGUCCCGCGUCGUCUGGGCUGGCGUUCGGAUACGGGAUGGUGCUGAUCUACUACUCGCUCAACAAUUACAUCAUCGACUGCUACGCGAUGUACGCGUCGGGCGCGUUGGCAACCAAGGUUUUCUUGCGUUCGGCCGGCGGGGCCGCGUUCCCGCUGUUCACGGACCAAAUGUACCACAAACUGGGUCUGCAAUGGGCCAGUUGGCUGUUGGCGUUUAUCUCGACGGCGAUGAUCUUGAUUCCGUUUGGAUUUUACUACUACGGCAAGGACCUGCGUGCCAAGCUGUCCAAGAAGAACUAUGCGUUCAGCGGCAUGGAGUAG